AUGCAAAAUGGCGAUGGCUUUAAUAAAAAGAAAGACGAUAAGAAGAAAGAGAAGCCAAAGUAUGAACCGCCAGUAGAAUCAAAAUUUGGUAAAAAGAGGAGAAAGGGUCCCGAUACUGCUGUAAGAUUGCCGAAUGUUCAUCCUAGUACUAGAUGUAAAUUGAAGUUAUUAAAAUUAGAGAGAAUCAAAGAUCAUUUGUUAUUGGAAGAAGAAUUUGUUACAAAUCAAGAAGCAUUCCAGCCCACGGAGUCUAAGCAGGCAGAAGAAAGAGAUAAAGUUGACGAAUUGAGAGGUUAUCCCAUGUCUAUCGGAACAUUGGAAGAGAUUAUUGAUGAUGAUCAUGCAAUCGUAUCAAGCACGGCAGGAUCUGAAUACUACGUGUCAAUCAUGUCGUUUGUCGAUAAGGGUUUACUUGAGCCUGGAUGCUCCGUAUUAUUACACCAUAAGACUGUGUCUGUUGUUGGUGUACUUCAGGAUGACGCAGAUCCCAUGGUAUCUGUAAUGAAAUUGGACAAAUCUCCAACAGAAUCAUACGCUGAUGUCGGUGGCUUAGAAUCACAGAUCCAAGAAAUAAAAGAAGCUGUUGAAUUGCCUUUGACACAUCCUGAACUAUAUGAAGAAAUGGGUAUCAAACCGCCCAAGGGUGUGAUAUUAUAUGGUGCACCAGGAACCGGUAAGACCUUACUUGCGAAGGCAGUUGCUAAUCAAACUAGUGCUACAUUUUUGAGGGUAGUAGGAUCAGAAUUAAUCCAAAAGUACUUGGGUGAUGGACCAAGAUUGGUCAGACAAAUCUUCCAAAUUGCGGCAGAACAUGCCCCUUCGAUUGUUUUUAUCGAUGAAAUUGAUGCUAUUGGUACUAAGAGAUAUGAAUCCACAUCAGGAGGUGAAAGGGAGAUCCAGAGAACUAUGCUAGAACUAUUGAAUCAAUUGGAUGGCUUUGAUGACCGAGGCGAUAUAAAAGUUAUCAUGGCGACAAACAAGAUUGAAACCUUGGACCCUGCAUUAAUCCGACCAGGAAGAAUUGAUCGUAAAAUAUUGUUUGAGAACCCAGAUUCAAAUACCAAAAGGAAGAUUUUGACUAUUCAUGUUUCAAAGAUGAGUUUGGCGGAUGAUGUGAAGUUGGAAGAGUUGGUAUCUUCGAAAGACGACUUAUCGGGGGCUGAUAUAAAAGCAAUGUGUACGGAAGCUGGUUUGUUGGCUUUAAGGGAAAGGAGAAUGCAAGUAAAGGCUGAUGACUUCAGGCAAGCUAAGGAGAGGAUUCUUAAGAAUAAAGUGGAAGAGAAUCUUGAAGGAUUAUACUUGUAG